GAUGGUCAGUAGAGAGAAUGCAGAGCUUAAAGCACUUCUGCAUUGGCUUCACCUUUCAGAACCGGACGUUACCGCCUGGUUUUCCAUCACAAGCAUGUUGUUAACUCGAGUAUGUGCAGUUCUAUGUUUCGGACACCAGAAAGGAAAGCAGAAGGAAGCAGAACGCAAUAAGCGACCAGCAGGAAGCGGAUCCAAAUGGUCGUCUUCGUUGUUUACGUGCAGCACCUGAAGCUCUGCUGUUCUUUCAUUUGUAGAAAUGCGUCCUGCCGAAGCCUGACUUCCUGCUUGCUGUCAAACAGUCUGUGCUUGAUUGAACCCAGGCAGUCAAAGGUUGGCCUCUCUCCUGUAUAUUUCUCUGCUCUCAUAUAGGACAGAAGGAGCUUCCUCUGUUCCAGCCCGACAAGACAGUGGUAAUGUAGGUCAACAGGUAUAGGCUUCCAUUUGCAGCUAAAGACAAGUGGGGUGGAAGAGGAGGCAGUGGGAUGUAAGCAUCAUACAGAGAGAAUGGAUAGUGGAGGGGGAUGAGAAAGAGAGGCACAUGAUUGGUCCACAGACUGUAGUGGUGGUCUGAUUAAUGUUUCACAAGUAUCACUGCUACUGUUAGACUUAUCUGUCCUCUCCCAUGUGUGGGCUAAUGCUGGAGAUGUGAGUCACACUGGCCUGUGUUGUUAAGAUAACUCCCAGUAAUGUGUUUUUUUCCCCAACACAAUUAACCAGCAAUACAAUUAACCAACAUUGCGUUUCAUUUCGAGAGAAUGAAACCAUUUAAUUUAUGAGACUGGAGGCCGAACAGCAAUCUUGCCAGGUUUGUUUACGUAGGUUGCAGUCGUGCUGUGACGUAGAGCAGAUACAGAUGUCUUUACAGAUGUGUCUUUCUGCUGAAAUACAUUGUUUUUAGUUUUACCGCAAGGUUUUAAAGUUCUAAACCUUGUGUGUAAAUCAUUUUUUGGUAAGGUUUCACAUCAAGUGGUUGAUAUAUUUGGUAAGCAGAAGUGCAAUAAGUCAGAUACUGCACAUUGGCUAUUGUUGCACAAUCAGGAUGACGAUGUCCUGAUUCACUCGCUUGAUUGCAUUAUCAUUAUCAUUAUCAUUAACAUUAUCUCCUCAUUAUUCCCCUCUUUGCUCAUGUUCUUUAUCGCUCCACAAAUACAUGGUCACAUGACCCUUUGCUCUUUAAAAUGAGGUCACAACGGGGGCCGCUCCGCUGCAUGUGUGUGGCUUUCUGGGGAUUAGAAGACGUGGUGUGAACUGGAUCGUCCUCUGCCCAGGCUGCAUCAUCUGUCAGAGCUGACGUUUGUCUUGUAUCCUUGGUUGAAAUGUGAGGGAUGGAUACGCUGUCAGAGCCGUGUUAUCCGGCUCAUAAACAGCAGGCCUUGCCCCAGGUAAUACGGAGGCAUGACCUAGUGUAGCAGUCCCACACAUAAAACCUGUCCUACAUUUUGUGGGCUUACGUCAAAGGUACAAUAUAAGGGACUAGGAGCAGUGUGCACUUAUAGUGGGCAAUCAGGGGGGGUCCACUUAAGUCCACGCACCGAUCACGUCAAAUGGUCAAAUCAAGUAAAAUUCCUUGCAUGUGUAACAUACUUGGCAAUAAACCGUUUCUGAUUCUGAAAUGACAGAUAAUUGUCUUAUGAUUUUAGAGACCUCCGAAAGUUUGCUAUUGAGGCUUUCAAGGGGUCUGAAGUGCCCCCCCCGCCCCCAUACUUCGCACACCGAUUCAGAGCAUUAACACAGAAACAACUUGCUAAGUAAAGGUAUAGUGGAGUAAUAUCUCUUUGUGUGUUAUCCGAGCUUGUUUUGUUGACGUAUGCUUUUGUUGCGUGUGAGCGUGCCCUAUUGUUCGCUCACUGCUAACUCCAUUAUCUCCGUUAGACGGUCACUGUGACCUCGCUGGUGAAAGGUCGGCCAAAUAGACACAGACACAUCGAGCCGUCAAGCUACCGUGAGGGAUUUACAGUGCUGACAAAAAAAUCAUUUAUCUUUGUUUAGUUUAGUCAAUGAGGCUUACAGCGAAAUCACCACGUCAUCAUCAUCGUCAUCGCAGGUUGUAGUUGCUUAGUUUCCCAAUCACCUUAGAUAAGAGGGUGAAAGCGGCACGGCUGGCGUUUUCCACGCAUUCUUCCCUGUAAAUACAUAUCAGCGCUUCCUCAUCCACACACUCAUGGGACAUGCUGGGUCGUUGACUUCCAGCAGUUUUGAGCUGGAGAACAUUCAUACACAACAACACGUCCCAGGCGUAAAAGCGUCUGGCUGCUCAAAUCCUUAACCUACAUCUUUUACAUCUCAGCCUUAACCAUUUCCCCAUAACACCAGGAGGGAAGGCUUGCCGAGCUAUCAAUAAUGAACGAUUAAGCGGAGGGUUUAACGUGCUGGUGUAGAUAAUGGGGCGGAAAGAAGGAGGUUUUCAAAGAACAGAGUGCUUUCAGCCCGGAAAAACCUCCAGCAGGAAGAAGAGAGUUUUUAAUGGUCAGAGGGCUGGGGGUUACUUUUCAAGCAUCAUCCCUCACAUGCUUAAUGACUAAUGAAAAAUUGAUGAUUAUCAUUUUGUAUCCCCAAAAAAAUUAUUUAUGUGUGAUGAUUUAUUUAUGUGACACGUUAGGACAAAGGUGCACAUUAAGGAAUGUAUUCACAAAGAAGUUGCAAAGAAGUGCAUCUUCUCCUCCUUAUGGAGACUGGAAUAUCUCUUCUUCUUCGUUGGUAGUGCAGGUUUCCCUGCUGUGGGAUGCCCCUUGUGAUACAAACCCAGUAAACGGGGAUUUUGUAAUUGCCAGGUAAAAAUUGCCUUCGUAUAGAUUGAAACAACACUAAAUUUGGUUGGAAAUUAAAGUUCUUUACACUUCAGUCGUUGUUUCAACUUUAUUGUAAUGACUUAAAUUCAGCGUGUCACCUGCCUAAUGUUGAGAUAAAGUCAUUUAAAUGUGCAUAUAUGAGUCCUGCACCUCUGUGGGAUGGGGGGCCAAAUGUCUGCCAAUGACAGAGAAAUAAAAUAAAUGAAUGAAUGAAAGAAAUAUAAUGCCAUCAAUCAUAAAAAAGAAGAAGUUGAAUUUCUUUGAUAAUUUAUUUCACAGAAAUUGGAAAACAAAGGAAUCUACAUAUCCAACAUAUUUACAAGUGCUGACAAGUAUUACCAAUGUUGAAAAAACAAAUUGAGGAUCCUUGUUCUAAACUAUUUGCAUAUUUACAACCUCUUCUUCGCAGCGUAGAAUUUAAUGCUUUUUUUACAGGAUCUUGUCACAAUUUUAAUUUUCAAUUUUGCUUUUUUCUGACAGAAGCGUUCUCCACACAUGAUGUGUUCAAUGGGCCGUCGAAAAAGUGGUAAAAUCCGAUGAUAAUGUGAGCUUUUACAGCGGCUGGCUUUGAUAAACGGUUUAUUUUUGGCGAUUGCUAAUAGAAAACAUGCUUUUCAAUCCCCCCGACUGGUUUUGCGGUUCAGAGGGAACUUAUUCUCAGCAGUUCCUAUAAACUUUGAGAUAUGUAUGUCAUCCUCCAGGUGUGAGCGCUUCACUGGGUUUGUGACUCUCACGUACAGUAGCCCAACUGUUGAGCUCAGGAGUAUAGUAUACUGUAGCUCAUAGUAUACUAUACUCAUUACUCUCAACAGCAAAUCAGCAAUAGUGAUACAACUUCACCUUUGCACUGUGAGUAAAUAUGUACAGUGCAAUAAGAGGGAAGGCUCUAUAGCCGUUCAUUACACAUUAUGGACACUGCUGUCCAGCGGCUGUGGCUCAAUAGCUGACCCUCACCAAAAUGCACACACACACACUCACACACACACUCACACUCACUCAGACGCUAACAUAAACACAUAGUCACAGAGCGCCCUGCAGCGUUGCCAGCCAUUCUCUUUAUGUCUGACUGCUUCUCAUUGAAACGGCAAGUCUAUGAAAAGACUGCUCUCAGUUUAAAAAGAUAAAAAGAAGCAACAUUUGUCUCUGCAGUCUGAAUGUGGAUGGCGUCUGCAGACAGACGUUUGCCCCGGGGCACCGAAACUAAUACCAUGUGGCAGGACCUUCUUUUCACAUGCUCGAUAGUGUUGAUAGCAGGACUGAGGAAUGGUUGUAGUGCUCGUUUCUUUAUCAGGGUUGAGGUACUGCUGUGCAGAAUAGAAACAUGACUUUAUCUGCUAUUGCCUGUUGGCUUAAGGCACACAGUACGGUGUAUUGUUUUACAUGCUGUGUGUGAACGACCACUAGAAACACAUCACUAUUCUUUCCACUGUGGAGGUUGUUGUGUCUGUUGUGUCUUUGUGUUAUCGGUCCACAUCUCAAACUCUGCAAAUUCUUUCCGAUUGAAUGUGUUGGAAAGCUGCAUUUUUCAAAGUCCGGGCUCGGACCCAGGAGGUGGGAUGCAGGGAAACAAUGCAUCACGUCAGACUUUAAUAAAACUUGAUCUUUCACCAAUAGAUGCCUUUAGCUGUCUGAUGUUUCAGCUAAAUGUUGGCAAUAGAUAACUACUAUUUGUUUUGAAGUAUUGAAAGUCUCUUUGACAUUUUUGAGUGUAUGCACAUGCAGGACUGAGUUAUAGACACAUAAACACUUAUUUGUCUUUCCCCCUAACCCAGAACAAGCUGGAGGGAAAACAUUUUCCAUCUAGAAAUGCCUCAGGAGGAACGGGAGGAAAAGCGUGUCUGGGCUAAUCUAAUAGGUGUCCAGCAGAAGACCGGGACCAGGCUCGGUGGCGGAGAAAGAAUGGUCAGCCAUUAGAAGAAAUCCCGGUCUCUCAAUUGAUACGUGAAAGCGUUAGCAUCUCCUUUGUGCCUCGCAAGGUUUCCUCGCAAGGCUGAAAUACCAAAACACCGUGAAUCCUCCAGUGAGAUUUCAUCUAAGAUCCACAUAAAGCUCAUUGAACGGAGGAGACGCUAUCAGAUGCUCAGUUUCGGCGCGCUUUAGUUUGCCUUUAAUACGCCUUUUAAAGUCGGGAUGCACAGCUGCACACGUGUGCACGCGGCCUAUUGUCAGACAGCAGACACACACUCUUCAUUCCUUGGGACUGCAGAGAUCUCAUUUAGAUAACUCCCCUGAUCUCUCGGUACCUCCCAGAGUCGCCCUCUCCUGCUGAACUCAUCCAUUAUGUCGCCACGCGAGGAGAUAGCAACAGCUUCAGCUGAUCCUUUCAGCCGAUACUGAAAGAUCAGCGAGAGACCUGAAGACGGAGUCUGGACCGGAUAUCUCAAAUUCUCCAUGAUUUUGAUGUUGCUACACCGCCCGGACAAUAACAGCCUGUUCUUUGCACUAAAAUACUUUGCAGGAAAUUACCAUUUAUCCCGCUAACAAGCAGCCGUCUCGUGACAGUUAUGAUGUAGCCGCCCAUUAGCCAUGUGGAGGGUGCUGUAGUGAUGCUGUUAAAGAGUGGGCCACUUAGCCAAAUCAGCCUCAACUGCCGUAAUUCUAGUUGUCUGCUUCUGUAUUUAGUCUGCAGCUGCCCCUGCAGCUCCCCAUCUCCAGAGCACUUACAUUACCCCUCUGCAUGUGUGUUUGUGCCGGGAUGAGACCCUUGCAGGUGGCUCGUGUAUUUAUAUCCAGUACUUGUGGAGGGGUGUGUCCGCUGCUCAAGUCUUUUUAACCAUCAAACACAUUCUCUCUCACCAUGAUGCUGAAGCAGCUUCGUGGGCAAGUGGGCUGAUAUGAAAGCUUCACAAGAUACAGAAGUCAGCCACAGGCAACCCUCCAGUUAUCGGAUAAUAAAAAUUAUUUCUGGUUACACGCCCAACCAUCUGACUUCUGUGUGGAAGGAUGUCACACGUCCUGGAUCGGAGAAUGUAAUCCUCACAGUGAAAGAUGAAAGCUCUGUCUCCUCUAGGUUUUAUGGCAUUCUGGGAUACUCCAGAAAUCCUGCAAUAUUCAUGUAAGGUCUUUACUAAACUACGCCAUAGGCUCUGUCAUCAACAACAUAGUGUGUUGUUGCUCACAAGUCAUUCCUGAUUGUUAUAAAAAUACACAAACGGUCUUCUCGGUCUGAGCAGAGGAUCCUUCCUGUAAGAUCCAGAUGUUUCGAUGUUUUCAUGUCACUGAAGAAGUUGUUUUCUACCUUGAAUUCCUCGUACAUUUCUCAGCUUAUUUUCUGCUAUUUGUGGAGGAAAGACGAUCUCUCGUGUGAACCUUCAUAGUGGUUCAUUCUAAAACACGCAACACCCAAUUGGAACUUCUGUGGACUUGAAGUUUAUCACAAGUGUGUAUUUUGAAUAUUUCAUACAAUAUGCGCUUUGGGAUAAAUGAACCAAUGUAAGAGCUGCGUAAAUUCUAUGAAUCUGUGGAACCGGGUUUCUGCAGAAAAAAAGCUUCACUGCAUUUUAAGGAAUACCUCACCCUCAAAAUGACCAUUUAUACAUCAAUCACUCACCUGCAAUUCUUGAAGGUAUAGACCAUUCACGUUUUUGCGUCGUCCACCGUAGUUCUCCUACAUGCUUUGUACGCGGGAGAAGUUUCAUUUGGUUGCAAUCUCUAACCUCACCACUAGAUGCCGCCAAAAACAUAACAAAACAACUAUAUUUACCUUCUUUGUCAGGUUUCAUUCAUAAAAGCUGAUAAAUGUGCAGCUAUAUCAACUUCUUGCUUUCAUGAGUGCUUUAACAGGAACUGGUAACAUUGUUAAACCAUCAGAGCACUCACACUGAUUGGCUACAUAGAAGGUCAGAAGUCCUUUUAUUUUAGUCUCUCAAAAUAAAUGUUCAAUGCUUUAUUAAAUUGCUUCAUUGUAUUAGGCCCUUGCAGAGGUGUAAUUUCCCAUGCACUCUCCAGAACACACACUCUCCCUCUGUGACAGCCUCGCACUGCUUGUGUAUGUGUGUGUGUGUGUGUGUGUGUGUGUGUGUGUGUGUUUGCCCUCACCACAGUGCCCGUCCCUGGCUGCCACAGCUGAAUGUCCCCUCAGCGUCGGCAAAUGGCCAGACUCUGUCACAGCCGCUGACUGGACCAGCUGUUUCUUUCUCUUUCUUCCAUCUUAUCUCCUCCGUCACACUAUCUGUCUUCCUCCCUGUGAAAGAGGCAGUGACAGGGCGCCUGGUGGUCCAGCACUUGACACCAAAGUUGAUAUCCGCACAUGCUGGCAUCAGGGGGAGACAGUUUUUAGUGUGUGUGUGUGUGUGUGUUUCACAGGGCCGGGACACAAACACCGUCCUGUGGGUUGUGGGAACACAAAGGACACUUACACUCUCUGUUGUUUUUUGUGGUGCUGGGGACAGACCGACAAGGAGGACAGUGAAGGUCAGAGGGAGCUCAGUUUGGGACGCGGCUGGUCAAACCCAGUUAGACAAACAAUGAAAGUGAAAUGUCACCGGUCCGGGCUUAAGCUGUCUGGCCGUGCCUUGGUCCAGGCUGCUGGCGUAGGCACUUUUUUGUGCCCUGUGCAUCUCACAUGGGGAGUUAUCAGAGCGUGCAGGCAGGGAGAGUCAUACUGUAGCAGCAGCAGGCUAGUAGUAGUAGAAGCAGCUCGCUGGGGGCUGCAGAGGGUCCGGGAUCUGACCCGAUUUGUCAGUUCAAUAACUUCACUGAAGUGUCGCUCCUCCAGGGAAUCACUAGCUUCUUAUUCUGCAAUCAUGGUUUCGGGCAGGGGACUCGCUGUUUCAUGUUUUAUUGAAGGAAAAUUGAGAGGCAUGAUGGAUUGUGCAAUUUGACAUCAGAGUGCACCGUCUGAUUGUCCUGGACUGACUCGCCAUGGCAGACCCAGAGCACUUUGAUUGGUUGAAAGAAACCGUCAGUUUUUUGCCAGGUUUGCCAGGGUUUUCCAGCAUGUUUGGGAAGAAGAAGAAACGGCUGGAGAUCUCAGCUCCGUCAAACUUUGAGCACCGGGUCCACACGGGCUUCGACCCGCGGGAGCAGAAGUUCACCGGGUUGCCGCAGCAAUGGCAGAGCCUCCUGGCGGACACUGCCAACCGCCCCAAGCCCAUGGUGGACCCCUCCUACAUCACCCCCAUCCAGUUGGCGCCAAUGAAGAUAUCUCCCAAGAAAGUCCGGUCUUCCGAAACGCCAUUGCCCAAAACCAUUGUUCGAGGGAACCGGCCACCCAAAGAUGCUUCCAUCAACGGCCUCCUGGAGGAUUUUGACAACAUCUCAGUAACGCGCUCUAACUCCCUGCGUAAAGAGAGCCCACCAGGCCCCCACCAGGCUGGAAGCAGCUCCAAACCCUCCGGCAGCGGUCACCCCAACGCCCCGGAGGAGAAUGGAUUCAACCAUUACUAUUCCCGCUACUCCUGUGACCUAGACACCUCCAGCAGGGACUUUUCUCUCGAUCCCAGCAAGCCAAGCUUCUCUAUAGAUGGGGACUGGGCAGUUGGGAGGCACUAUCGAUUCACCAAGCAGAAUGGUCACUCGUACCCCAUUCGCAGCCCUUUCUACCCGGACGCCAUGCCCCAAAAAUCAGACUAUAGCAAGCUUCCCCCGGACUACCACACCUACUUGGAGAGCAAAGGGCGCUCCGCCGAUGAGGUGGCCUCCACGGUGGGGAGCGGUGUGGGCUCCAGCGGCUACUAUCGGGCGUCCGUAGGUGGCUCGUCCAGCCAGGACUACCGGGACACUUCGGUGGGCACGCCAUCUCGUGCCUCGCUACACAGCGAGCAGAUCAACUACCCAGACAGUGAGUGGAGCUACGGCGGCCUGCGGGACGAAUACGAAAAGCGGCCCAAGAGUUCCUAUGUGACGCAGACCAGCCCCACGCCGGCUAUAAGGCAGCGGUCUCGCUCAGGCUCUGGGCUGCAGGAGCCAAAUGUCCCUUAUGCGGCCAGCGGGGCUUUCAAGAACCCACCACAGGCCCACCCAUACAGCUCGUACACCUACCCUCGCCUCUCGGAGAGUCUUGGUAACUCACAGACCUUGACCAAGGGUGACUACGAGCGUCCUGCGCGGGACGGCACUCCCCAGGUUACGGGGGGUGACACCUACCCCCGAGGGCCUCUCAAGCAGCCUCAGAGCCACAUCAAGCCGCCGGGCUACCCUCCAGCACACCUGCCCUACCCUCCUGUCUUUCACCAUUACAAACCUUCACCCUACCAUCACCCCCCCUCCCAGCCCAGCCCACCGUACACCCCUCAGGGGGCCUACUCACAGCCUUCAUCACCCUACAUCCCCCCGGGGGCCUACCCGCCUCCUUCCUGGGGGUCCAGCUCGGACACUCAACCCUCCAGAGUCUCUCAUGAGCAAUUCAGAGCUGCACUCCAACUGGUGGUCAACCCAGGCGACCCUCGGGAAUACCUGGACAGCUUUAUCAAAAUCGGCGAGGGCUCCACAGGCAUCGUGUGCAUCGCCAGCGAAAAACACAGCGGCAAGCAGGUGGCUGUGAAGAAGAUGGACCUCAGGAAACAGCAGAGGAGAGAGCUACUCUUUAAUGAGGUGGUGAUCAUGAGGGACUACCAUCACGAGAACGUGGUCGACAUGUACAACAGCUACCUGGUGGGAGACGAGCUGUGGGUUGUCAUGGAGUUCCUGGAGGGCGGGGCUCUCACUGACAUUGUGACUCACACCAGGAUGAACGAGGAGCAGAUCGCUACGGUGUGUUUGUCGGUGCUGAGGGCUCUGUCCUACCUGCACACGCAGGGCGUCAUCCACCGCGACAUCAAGAGCGACUCCAUUCUCCUGACCAGUGACGGCAGGAUCAAGCUAUCAGACUUCGGCUUCUGUGCCCAAGUUUCCAAAGAGGUGCCCAAGAGGAAGUCACUCGUGGGCACGCCCUACUGGAUGGCACCGGAGGUCAUCUCUAGACUACCUUAUGGGACCGAGGUGGAUAUCUGGUCUUUAGGCAUCAUGGUGAUCGAGAUGGUGGACGGAGAGCCGCCCUACUUCAACGAACCCCCUCUGCAGGCCAUGAGGAGGAUACGAGACAACCUGCCCCCUCGGCUAAAAGAGUCGCACAAGGUGUCCUCGGUGCUGCGGUCCUUCCUGGACCUGAUGCUGGUGAGGGAGCCCUCGCAGAGAGCCACUGCCCAGGAACUCCUCCAGCACCCCUUCCUCAAGCUGUCUGGACCCCCGUCCUGCAUCGUGCCCCUCAUGAGACACUAUCGCCACCGCUGACCUGCUGGCCCCCGAAACCUGCCCUCCUCCACACAAAAAAAAAAGAAAAACCCCACACAUACACACACACUACCAGGGUGGCACUGCCCUCACCCAGCCGAACUACCCCACCACCCGGUGGAGCGCCACUGACACUCACACCUGUAACCGUGAAGUAGAUUAGCUAGAGGAAUAUCUAAGAAAUUACACUUUUAAAAAAAGACACACGACAGAGAAAAGAAGAAAAUAAAAAAAUCCAUUUUGAAACUAUGAAGUGGAGUAGAGGAGUGCCAGAGGAACUCACUAGACGUCCAGUAGAAACGUGUGGGCUGGCUCGCCUCGUCUUCUCUCUUCCUAGACUGUGAGUCCUCUGCUCCACGUAGAGUUGUAGUAGCCAUCGGCGAGAGCUCCAGAGGGGAGUGGCGAGCUGCUGACGUGGUGGAGGGAACCUCGGGGUGCGGCGCUCUGCUCCAGACCAGAGCAGCGGAGGGCAGAGCAAUCGGCUGCGUGCGGAGAGGUGGUCUUUGACUGGUGCUGACUGUUGGACGGCUGCUGGUCAAACAGAGACGAGCUCUCUUGUAUCUCUCUUCUCACACACUAACAGUGAAAAUGUAUUUUAGAGAAACUUGUAAGUUUUUCUGUACAGUUUUGAUAAUUUGCAGUAUUUUAUCGUGUCGUAACCAUUGUGAUAUGAGCAGUAUUAAAUAGAGUUUCUGCAGAGAUCUUUCCUACUGUUUAUAAUCCAGUUUUUGCUUAAAGAUGUAAGAAAUAUCCCAAAUAAAUCCACCUAAACCUAACUGUUACUAAAAAUACUAAAUAUAUUUAUUAUCUUACAUUUGUAGACAGAACUUCCAUUAAAUGUUGGGAAAAAAGGGUAAUGUCAGAAUUUUGUAUGACGUUUUAAAGUAUUUAUUUAUUUAUUGGAAUAGAAGGAUUCUUUUUUUUGUAGUGUGGCCUUUUUUGUUUUUGUUUUUUUGAUUUUACAUUUCUAAAACAGACAGUGCUAUCAGUUGUUAUAUAAUCCAAGCAAUACCCCGAUCCUAUUUAUGAAGCCCUGUAUUUAUGAUACUGUAAUUACACCAUGCAUUUAAAUGUAGCAACGAAGGAGUGGAUUUGACUGGGGAGGUAAAAGAAAAGAAAAAAAGAUUUACUCUACGCAGACCUGUUUUCUUUUAUAUUAGGAGUCUCAUCCUGUUUCUAUAAAUGCCAAGAGGCGCCCAUCCAAGACGCCCGCAUCCCGCACAGAUUUUAGGAUGCCGAUAAAAUGUCUCGUUUUCUACUCACAUCCUCACUGUCAUCAUCUCACUCCUUAUCCUCACCUCAGUCAGACACACUACUCGCUAUCACUGGAACUGUGCUGCCAUUCUCAUCUCUGGUCGGACCGGGAGAACAGUGUAAUCCUCCUCCCCGCAUCGUUUUUUACCCAUCAUUCACUGUGAUAUGUAAAUACGACUGUGCAUACGUGUGUGUGUGUGUGUGUGUAUGUGUGUGUGUGAGUGUGAGUGUGUCUGUGUACGUCAAAGAGCAAAAGAGGUAGAGCGUGUUUAUCUCUGUACAACAUCUGAAAGUGUGUGUGCGUGUGCUGCUGGCUAAUCCUUGACAAUGUGUCAAGACUUGAAUGAGUAACACUUAUCUGUGGUGUUGGCUUGUACAGUGAUAUUGCAUGUUUGUUAUCAGUGAAGCUGGUUUCAAUUAAAAAAUGCCCAUAAAAACA